AUGUACAAUUUGUCAACACGUGAAGCUUGCUGCUACUGGUUCGAUGAAUCAAAUGGCUCCCUUGAAGCUUCCGUUUUCGCAUCGUGCAUUGUGGAUCAACUACAGAUAAUUUUAAAUAGAAAAUUACUACCGGUAAUAUUGUAUUUUUACAAUUUCAGUAAGGAUUUAAUUUACAAAACCAUUCGUCCGGGCAGAAAAUUCGGAGAUCCCACUAUUACCGAUUUAAGGGUAUUAAAAUAUAAACCAGAUGGAACUAUUUGGUAUAGCUUAAACUUUGACGAACCUUUGCAGCCGUUGCCUCAGCGUCCAAUGAAAAUUACCAAUGUAAAACCUUUAGAAGAGCUGCCGAAAUUAUUUUCUGAAAGACUGCCUAUUUCCCAAAGAAAAUAUAAGGAUCUCCAAGAUUUAAAGGCAGUGAUACCUUCGAACUGCCACGCAUAUUAUGAUGAGUUACCUUAUAAAAAUUAA